UCUGCCGAAUGUGCUGAACUCGAAAUACCAGAGCGAUCAACAGAGUCCGAACUAGAAUUUCCUCACAGAAGGGGAGAAAAAAUGGCGGCAACUGGCGGGUUGGGCAGCCUUUCCCAGGCGCAGAGCCAGUUGGACUAUGCGCUUGAGGAUGCGAUGACGCCUCAGGAGAAGGAGAACCUGGUAUAUCAACACCUGCAAAAGGUGGAUAGCUGGGAGCGGGAUUUGAAAGUCCCUGAAUUUGGAGCAGAUUUACAGUGGUUGAAUACUGAAGGUUCCCUUUCUCUCUACAAAGAACUUUGUGGGAAAAUAGUAGUGUUAGAUUUUUUCACGUACUGCUGCAUCAAUUGCAUCCACCUGCUACCUGAUCUCCAUGAAUUAGAGGAGAAGCACUCUAUUAAAGAUGGUCUCCUUGUUGUUGGUGUUCACUCAGCAAAAUUUCCAAAUGAAAAGGUUCUGAAUAACAUAAAAAGUGCUGUUCUUAGAUAUAACAUCACUCAUCCUGUGGUGAACGAUGCUGAUGCAACUCUUUGGCAUGAACUAGAAGUAUCCUGCUGGCCAACCUUGGUCAUUGUUGGACCCCGUGGGAAUAUGCUGUUCACUCUGGUUGGUGAAGGACACAAGGACAAAUUAUUUCUAUUUGUAUCUAUAGCACUGAAGUAUUACAGGGAACAAGGGCAAAUCAAUGCUAAUCCAAUUAGAACCAAGCUCUAUAGAGACUCUUUGCCACCAUCACCAUUGCUCUUUCCUGGCAAAGUUACAGCGGACUGCUCUGGGGACAAAUUGGUAAUAGCAGAUACUGGGCACCAUAGGAUUUUGGUGGUCAGAAAAAAUGGUCAGAUUCUGCACACUGUUGGAGGACCAAACAGUGGAAGAAGAGAUGGAACAUUUUCAGAAGCAUUAUUCAGUUCACCACAGGGGGUGGCCAUAAAGAACAACGUUAUUUAUGUAGCAGAUACAGAAAACCAUCUGAUUAGGAAGAUUGACCUACAGUCGAAAACAGUGAGUAGUGUUGCAGGAGUUGGAAUGCAAGGCACAGAUAAAGAAGGAGGAGCCCAAGGCGAUCAACAGUCUAUUAGCUCUCCAUGGGAUAUAACGUUUGGAACUUCAGUUUCAGGCACACAUGAUGAUGACAUUUUGUGGAUUGCUAUGGCAGGUAUACAUCAAAUCUGGGCACUCAUGCUGGAAUGUGGAAAACUGCCAAAAGGGAGUGACUUAAAGAAAGGAACCUGCCUUCGGUUUGCUGGGAGUGGAAAUGAGGAGAAUCGAAACAAUGCAUAUCCCCAUAAAGCAGGUUUUGCCCAGCCUUCCGGUCUGUCUGUUGCUGCUGAAGAACCAUGGAACUGUCUUUUUGUAGCAGACAGCGAGAGCAGUACUGUGCGAACAAUAUCUCUGAAAGAUGGAGCUGUGAAGCACCUUGUGGGAGGAGAGAGAGAUCCAAUGAAUUUAUUUGCUUUUGGUGAUGUUGAUGGAUCUGGCAUAAACGCAAAACUGCAGCAUCCUUUAGGAGUAGCCUGGGACAAGAAACGAAACAUCCUUUAUGUUGCAGAUUCCUAUAACCAUAAAAUUAAAUUUGUAGACCCUAAAAUGAAGAAUUGUGCUACUUUGGCAGGUACAGGAGAAGCAAGUAAUGUCAUAGGCUCCAGCUUCACCACCUCAACUUUUAAUGAACCAGGAGGUCUGUGUGUUGAAGAGGGAGGGCGUUUGCUCUAUGUUGCAGAUACAAACAAUCAUCAAAUUAAAGUGCUAGACAUAGAAACCAAAAUUGUUUCUCAGCUACCUCUUCUAAUUGAAGACACAAUGGAUGCUAUCGAUAGUGGUACAACAAAAAUACCAAAACUGCCUAAAUCAUCUCCAAAGCUUCAGUUACCAUCCCUUACUGUCAGUCCCGGUCAAGCAGUUCAGUUCACACUGAAACUUAGCCUCCCUUCAAAUACCAAAAUGACUGAAGAAGCACCUAGUUCGUGGUUUCUCAUGUCAGAAGGCAGUGAGUGGCUGUUUCAUGAACAAAAUACAUUUGGAGAAAUUGAGGACAUUUCUAAACAGCCUGUAAUCCCAUUUCAGAUACCAGUAAACAGUCUGUCAACUGAAGUUGUACUGUCAAUUCAAGUGUGCCUCUAUUACUGUAGCAAAGAAAAUAGUGCCUGUAUGAUGAAAGGCGUUUCAUUCAACCAGCCUUUCCACAUAAGUAAUGGCAAACCAGGUAGCACAAUUGUAGUUGAGCUUUUACAUGCGUUUUAACUAAACCAAACCAAAAGAAGAUAAUUUACGCUCUCAAUUUUUACUGCCUAAUAUAUAUUUUUUCACUGAAGAAGAGAUGUUUGUCAUGUUAUGAGUUCCUACAUUUUUGUUGAUUCUGGUCUUCUAGCAGAGCACAACAAAUUUGGUAUUGUAUUUCAGUUUCGGGUUAAUAAUGGAAGUUUGUGGAAAGUAUCUCAAGAAUGUUUGAUCAGAUACAGUAAAAUGAUAGAGGCUCAAUCAUGAAAUACUUUCAAAACAUUGUUGUCCUUUAUGCCUUUAUAAGUAUUGAGGUGGAUUCUGUUCACUUUAAAAGUAGUGUGAUAGCCUUGAACAAAGUUCACCAGUCACAACAUAUGUUCUCUGUUUGGGAGUGAACAAAAACUAAUGCUGCAAUUUUAUACAUACACGUCUUUUUCAGAAGUGUGCACUAUAGGAUUUUCUUACUCUCAGAUAAGUGAGUAUAGAAUUGUUGCUUAAGUGUAAUUUUCCUUUUGAAGAAAUUAUUGAUGCAAGAUUUUUUUUUGACCCAGGGAUAAACAUUAUUUUCUCAUCUUCACAUGAUGUAUUUAAGAAAUAUACUAUGUGUCUCCUAUAAUUAUACCAAAAUUUAUUAAGCUUUUUAUGCAAACACUAUUCUAUAAAAUUAAUAUUUAUGCGUUAUAUUUACGAGAGAACAGUUUUAAUUACUUGUAUUAAUUGAGACGACUUAUUGCUUAAUAAAGUAGAAAACUACUAACAAGUGGCAUUUUGUAUUUUUUUUCCUAACUAUGACUAUAUUCUGUAUUUUUUUCUAACUGACAUGUGCAUUCACAUAUAAUGGUGAAAUUUCAGAAUUAAGUAGAUUUAGGCCAAUGUUUAUUAUGUUUUGAUAUUAAUAUUUCUUGUUGAAAUGUUUGGCAGUACUGUGAUAAAACCAAAAGGUCAUUAACAGCACUUUGCAUCUCUGCCGGGUAAUAUUAGUCUGAAAAAAAAAUAUUUCCAUUAGCUGUGUAAUGUUUUACAAAUGGCAUUUGAGUUUGAUAGUAGUGCUUAGAUGAAUAUUUUGCCUUGAAGUUCUUAGGCAUCAUUAUCAUCAAUUUGUUAAUAAUACAUAAGUUCUUCCAAGUGCCAUUAAACCUGUUCCAAGUAACUUACUAGUUGCUGGAAUCCAUGAUGUAUUUGAUAUAAUGGUCACAGUAAUUCUAUUCUCUGUAGAUCCAAUUGCCAAGACUAGACCCUUUUUAGAGGAAAACUGAAAUAAUGUUAAAGUUGAAAAAUGCAUUUUUAAAAAAUACAGUUUGAUAAGAUUUUUAGCUAAUAAAAUGUUUUUAAAAUACAGUUUGAUUAGUUUUUUGAGAGAAGGUUUAUAUUAAAUGUGUAGAUUAAAUUUUAAGAAAUAGACCACAUACACAUUUGCACAUGAUUUGUAUCAAAGUGACUUACCUUUCUGUGUAAGCUAAGUGAAUUUAAAGUACUGCUGGUGAAUUGUCAUAUAUUCUUGUUUGAAAGGAAGCCAUAUGGUGUGAUACGACUUUUCUUUCCUCUUCAAGAUCACUUGCUAGCAUAGCUGAGAGUUAAAAGGUCACUUGAAUACCAAAAAUAAGAUUUUUCUCUGCAGCACUGUCUGGAAUUUGAAAUUUUCAAUAGCCUUCUGACCUAUAUCAUUCAGCUCAGGUUUUGUAGCCUUUUAAAGUAAGUUCCUGCAUGUGACAAAUAAUACACAUGGAAUUUUCUUCGCUGUUUUGAAGGUUUUUUUUUAAUGUAGCAAGUGUUUUAUCAGCUAAGAGAGAUGAGUGUUGUGUCCCCAUCGGUGCAACAGACUAGUGUCAAGUGAACCCUGUGUCUUUUUGAAUAAUGUAAGGAUCCUUACUUUUUGUGCUGUUUUUCUUAAUGCUAGCUUGGCUAAUAUGCAGGAAUUGGUCUGCUUUCAGUGACUAAGUUUUUAAAAUGCUGUUGUUCUACAUAGAACAGUUCCACUGUUUUUUUUCAAAUCAGGAAGUUAAUGCACCUUCUGUAUUGCCAUUGGACAUGAUGAAAAAAAGUUUCCCUUUGUGGUCAGUAGAACUGGAGUAUUGAAAAAUAACAGUUUUUAAAAUUCUGAAUGCAGAUGUUUCUGUUUGAGCUCUUUGUGAGAUUGACCCAAUAUGUUCUGAACCCUUUUAAAUGUUUACAACUUUUAAAAUCUUAUACAUUGAGAAAAACUAAUACAGCAUAGUAGCCUUGAGUAUAAAAAUUUUAAAUAUUUUAAUCUUACUUUUUGAUGUUAGUUUUUAAAAAGUUAUUAAUCAAUAACAGAGUAUAAAAUAACUUUUCUUUGGCUCUAGUGUUUCGCUACCAUCAGUUAAUCAGUAAAAGUAUACAUAUUACUUUUAUAUAAACGGCAAUAAAUACGGAAGAUAAUUUGUAAUAGCAGUUGUAACCCAUAAAAUGUCACACAUUAUUUCAUCCUCUUAGUUCUUUAUAUUUAGUGUCUUGUAAGGUUGUUGGAAAGUUUGGAGGUUGUUGAACUGUGGUUUAGCAUUUUGUUUAAACAUUACCAAUUAAUAGCCACUUAGGUGUUCAAAAAUGCAGUGGUCACUUCAAAUCAAUUUUUUUUAUUGAUAUAUCCUCUUUCCUUAGAUGUUUGCUAUUUGUCUACUUAAUUUGCAAGCAUAAUGUAUAAUGAUUGAUUAUUAAAGGAAUAGUUUGAAGGAAGUGGCUUUCUUUUUGUUUACUUGUGUAAUGUUAACAUUUCUUAAAAGUAAGCACAAAUCUCUUUCAAGGUAUCUUGACUUUGCCAUGUAUUGACUUUACAAUUAAAUUGUAGUUU